GUGGAGCCGAGAGCGGGCACCGGGUGUGGCUGGGGCGGGACGGGGGGGGGCACUCCCUGCGCCCUCCUCCCGGAUGCUGGCCGCUAUAAGGCCAGCCGGACUGCGACACAUCCCAUCCCCUGACCACUUCUUUCGCUGCUUCGCUGUCUACUGUGAGCUCCCAGCCCAGUCCUCAGUCAUGGCAUGCCCCCUGGAUCAGGCUAUUGGCCUCCUCGUGGCCAUCUUCCACAAGUACUCUGGCAAGGAGGGUGACAAGCACACCCUGAGCAAGAAGGAGCUGAAGGAGCUGAUCCAGAAGGAGCUGACCAUUGGCUCAAAGCUGCAGGAUGCUGAAAUUGCAAGACUGAUGGAUGAUCUGGACCGGAAUAAGGAUCAGGAAGUGAACUUCCAGGAGUAUGUCACCUUCCUGGGGGCCUUGGCCUUGAUCUACAAUGAAGCUCUCAAAUAAAUGGGAAGGCAGAGAUGCCUUCUGGGCGGUUCUCUCAGUCAAAUCCAGUGGUGGGUAAUUGUACAAUAAAUAUUUUGUUUUUGUUAUAUCUA